UUAUUUCCUCUCCUUCAAAGAGGACGAUAAAACGGGCUUUCUCCACGCGCGGACCCGGAGCCACUCGGGCUGCGCCCGGCGAGGCGGCGUCCUGCGCGCAGUCGGGACCCUGAGUCCCCCGCAGCCCUGCGCCCCAGCGCGCGGGCCCCGGAGAGAGGGACAAAGAGUUUGCGCUCUUUGGCUCAAAGGGCCAAGUUUGAGCUCCCCGCACAGCUAUGCUCGGGGAAGGCAUGUUCCCCGGGGCAGACACCUGGGUGCCAAGCAGGAGCAAGGUGGAGAAGAUGAGCGAAUUCACAGUCCCGCGGAUGGGGGCUGCCCAGGAAAGGGAGUCAGGCCAGUCCCCGCCGAGGGAGCGGAGGGCAAGCCGGCGCUCCGGAAGGCAGGCCUCUCUCGCGCUCCGAAGUAAAGCAAACCGGCCUCCUGGUCCUACCGGAUUCCCGCAGUCCCUCUGAACUACUUCCCCUCUCACACCAAACUUUGCGCCGGGCUUUUCUCCCUCCCCGGGAGGCUGCGGCGCGGGAAGGGUUAAGCCUGCUUGUCCCAGCUGACAGUCAGCUGAUUGGGCCCUGAUUGACAGCCCCGAAAAGUUUCCUUGUUUCUAUCUAUUAUGCUAAUCGCGGCCGCUCUCGCCGCCUCCCAUUGGCCCGGAGUACCAGUCAAUUUCCCAUUUGGGCCUGACGUCACAAGUGCUAUAAAACUCAGCAAUUGCUUUAAACUCUUCUUGCUGGAUCAGAGGCUUUAAAAUCUUUUUUCAUCUUCCAGCUGAAGCUCGGGCUGCUCUUCGGCUCGGCCUCCCCCCUUUUGCUCUCUGCCUUGCCUUUCCCCAGGACUUCGCUAUUUUGCUUUAAAAAAAAAAAAAAAGGCAAGAAAGAACUAAACUCCCCCCUCCCUUUCCUCCAGCCGGGCUGCACCUCUGUCUUGCACUUUGCACGGAGAGCGCGCGCGAGGGAGAGAGAGGAAAGAGAAAAAAAAUAAAAAGAGCAGGCAGAAGAGAAGGCAAGAAGCAUGAAGUGUUAACUCCCCCGUGCCAAGGCCCGCGCCGCCGGACAGCCGCCCGCCGCGCCUCCAGCCCCGAGCGGCCGCCGCGCGCGCCCCGCCUGCAGCCCGGGCCGGCGAGGCGAGCCCUCCUUAUGCAAAGCGCGCAGCGGAGCGGCGAGCGGGGGACGCCGCGCACCCGGCCGGGCUCCUCCGGCUUCGCCGCCGCCGCCACCGCAGCCCGCGGAGGACCUUCCCGAGCCUGAAGCCGCCGGCUCGGCACGCACGGAGGCGAGCAGGCGAGGAGGGGCCGGGGCGAGUGAGCGAGCACAUUGGCGUGAGCAGGGGGGAGGGAGGGCGGGCGCGGGGGGCGCGGGCAGGGCGGGGGGUGUGUGCGCGCUCGGAGGUUUCGGGCCAGCCACCGCCGCGCGAGCUAGAAGCGCCCCAGCCCGGCAAGCUGGCUCACCCGCUGGCCACCCAGCACAGCCCGCUGGCCCCUCUCCUGCAGCCCAUCUGGCGGAGCGGCGGCGGCGGCGGCGGCGGCGGCAGGAGAAUGGCAUCAGAACUGGCAAUGAGCAACUCCGACCUGCCCACCAGUCCCCUGGCCAUGGAAUAUGUUAAUGACUUCGAUCUGAUGAAGUUUGAAGUGAAAAAGGAACCGGUGGAGACCGACCGCAUCAUCAGCCAGUGCGGCCGUCUCAUCGCCGGGGGCUCGCUGUCCUCCACCCCCAUGAGCACGCCGUGCAGCUCGGUGCCCCCUUCCCCCAGCUUCUCGGCGCCCAGCCCGGGCUCGGGCAGCGAGCAGAAGGCGCACCUGGAAGACUACUACUGGAUGACCGGCUACCCGCAGCAGCUGAACCCGGAGGCGCUGGGCUUCAGCCCCGAGGACGCGGUCGAGGCGCUCAUCAGCAACAGCCACCAGCUCCAGGGCGGCUUCGAUGGCUACGCGCGCGGCGCGCAGCAGCUGGCCUCGGCGGCCGGGGCCGGCGCCGGCGCCUCCCUGGGCGGCAGCGGCGAGGAGAUGGGCCCCGCCGCCGCCGUGGUGUCCGCCGUGAUCGCCGCAGCCGCCGCGCAGAGCGGCGCGGGCCCGCACUACCACCACCACCACCACCACCACGCCGCUGGCCACCACCACCACCCGACGGCCGGUGCGCCCGGCACCGCGGGCAGCGCGUCCGCCUCGGCCGGUGGCGCGGGCGGCGCGGGCGGCGGGGGCCCGGCCAGCGCCGGCGGCGGCGGCGGCGGCGGCGGCGGCGGGGGCGCGGCGGGGGCGGGGGGCGCCCUACACCCGCACCACGCCGCCGGCGGCCUGCACUUCGACGACCGCUUCUCCGACGAGCAGCUGGUGACCAUGUCGGUGCGCGAGCUGAACCGGCAGCUGCGCGGGGUCAGCAAGGAGGAGGUGAUCCGGCUGAAGCAGAAGAGGCGGACCCUGAAAAACCGCGGCUAUGCCCAGUCCUGCCGCUUCAAGAGGGUGCAGCAGAGACACGUCCUGGAGUCCGAGAAGAACCAGCUGCUGCAGCAGGUCGACCACCUCAAGCAGGAGAUCUCCAGGCUGGUGCGCGAGAGGGACGCGUACAAGGAGAAAUACGAGAAGUUGGUGAGCAGCGGCUUCCGAGAAAACGGCUCCAGCAGCGACAACCCGUCCUCUCCCGAGUUUUUCAUGUACCCAAGGGAAUCCUCUGCAUCAGUGAUGUGAAAAACGCUGUUGCCCGAAGUCAAAGAGAGCCCAUCAAAAUAUUUUAACAGAAAUGGUGAAUCAGGUGCUGUCAUGCAAAGGACAUGUGAAAACACAGACUGUAAGUUCCGGAUUCUUGGUGCCUCUGUUGAGAGAGCCCAAGUGAGAACAGUGGCUGGUCUUGACUGUCUUCAUUUCAGGCCCCUCGGGGGUUCUAAAUACUCAGUUUUUAAAGUACAUCCUCCACCCCCCACGGCAGCAAGGAACAGAAUGCUGUCCUGUAUGCAGAUCUGGAGCGGACCCAUCCAUCACAAGUUCCAUGAGUAUGUCUUAAGCGAAUUACAUCAACGUAUUUGUUGGCACUGAGAAAAAAAAGGGGGGGGGGAAUAAUUUCACUUAAAGUGUUUAUUAUGCGGACUUACCUAAUUGCUUGUUGUUGUUUGCUUAUUUAGGUCAUGCUCCCACACAACUUCCAUCCGUACCCCCUUUCCAUACAAGGUCUGCCUACUGUUUUUCUUCCGGUGGGCUCUGGUCGACUACUGAGCUGAUUUAAUCAAUUAAUUAUAGCAGAGCAGGUGCAGGGUAACUAGCCUGAUGAUGCCAUAUGAAGUCAUAUUUUCAGUGAGCCCUAGGAUACUAUUGAAGGGGCAACUUAAAGAAAUGACGCAUUUAGGGGGGAAAAGGGAAGAAAAGAGUUUUGGUAAAAGUAUGGCGCUCAUUAUUUAACACAAAGUGAUGCUCCCGUAAAGAGCAUCUGUGCUAAAAGCACACAUUCAGUCACCUGCCAGAAGGUCAGACUUACUGCUGCCGUUCACAGACGCCAAUGUCGAGACCCUCUUCACCUGCCCAUUGCUGAGUCUUCUGUUUCCUCCAACUAAAAAUCGCUGUAAAGUUGUUGUUCAGUGUCUGCAUUUUGGGAUUUUCCUGGCACCUAAUGAAAUUAUUGGCAAUAAAUGAGCUAAGCAGAAGGGUUGGUUUUGAUUUUAUUAUUAUUAUUAUUAUUUUUUGGUCUUUUUGCAACAUUUGGAACAUGCUGGGGCAGGCGUCAGCCAGUGGGGAAGAUUCAGUGUGCCUCUGUUUCCAGCAUCCACGGGAAAUAUUACAAAGCCGUUAGCACUGAUAGAAUUAACACUAAGUAGGGGGAGGGGAGGAGCAGUUCCAGGUGUUGGGCAGGAAACUCAAACCAGCUGUGGGCAUCACAGGUACUGUCAAGGGAGAGGACUCAGACACAGGAGCAGUGACCUCAGAUGUAAGGCCCUGGAAGAUAUUAACACCUAAUUAACAAUCUAGGGGCACACAUCCUACAACAUAAACCCUGCCUGCCUGAGGUGAGAAUGACAAGAAAGAAAGAGAAGACACUAGUUGGGUUUUGUUUUCACCUUUUCCCUCAGCAAGCUUUGUCUAAUGACCUGUUAUUCACAUGCAGCCAGGGAGGAUUUCUUUGUUCAUUCCUGUCCACUGAAAAGCCCAGUAAGUUCAUUAGCCAGCAGGUAGCCAGCGGAGGUGAGAAUGGAAUUGAUUUACCCUGAGGUCACACCUCCUUUACAUUGGGUUUUACAAAGUUUCUUUUUUUCUCCCCUGGCUCCUUCUGCCGCAGAGUUGCGUCCUGGGUUUACAGUUAUUUUAAAGGGCUUCGGAACGAGGGGUGACUCCCCCCUCUCCCCAACAACAAAGUUAAUCCAAAUGUAGACCUUUGGUUGCCAAUGGUAGUUAAUUACAGGGCUUGAAUCUGUACCGCGAUGGUGUGCCUCGGGCGGGUUCAUAUUUUAAAAUGAAGUUCAUUCCUCAUGUACGUGAAAAGAGGGGAAAGCUGGUGGGGGGGGGUCUCUUCCUGGGCUGCAAAUUUUGAAUUAGGGAAUAGAAUUUCCUGUUUACGUUUUAAAAAUCUCUCUUCCUUAUCUUCCUGCCCUCUCUCUCACUUCAUAACGGAGCCCUUAGAACACUUUCGAGACAUCUUAAGGUGCACACGAUACGUUUCAGUGUUUGGAAUCAUGCAUGGCAUUUUAGAAGGCCACGUGAGUCUGCUGAAAAGGAUGUGUAGCAUCUCCCUGCGCUCGGCAGUAGCCAAGAGAAGUCAGAAAUCCCUUCACCCACGUUGACCUUUUGGGCACAAGCUAAGAACUGUUUUCUCGUACUUCGCUCCAGGGAGUAGCCCAUACACACACUUCCGUUCUGAUGCCCAAAGACUGUUUUACUUAUUUGUUAUUGGGCUUUCCCAGACUUUUGUUUUGUUUUGUUUUCUCUUCUCUUUUUCUCCUUGGGAAGCCCAGACGCGGUUUCUCCCCAUUGCAAAGCGCGCGGGCCCGCACCGGCUUGCCUGGCACGUGCGGGGGUCCGCGCCUGGGCGCUCCCUCCCCGCCCAGGGGGAGCCUCUGCGACGAGGACGGCAUUUCCCGCCAGCCUCGGAGCAGCGUCGCUGCGCGGGGCUGACGGCUCGCAGCGGCGCUCCUGCCCAGCGGCCUUCCCAGAGCCCCGCUGCCGCGCGGGCCCGUUGGCCUCGCCUGCUUGCGCUUCGCACGUGCCCCUCGUUCUCCUGACCAGGGGAGCCCGCCAAUCCGGUCGCGCGCUCUUCCGCACGCACGUGCCCGCCCCAGCUUCGUGGUCGCGGAGAAGGUCGUGAGCGACGCGCGCUGCCUUGUGUCGGGAGCCCGGUUAUUCGGAAGUGACCUCCGUUUGAUCUGAACUUUGGUUACUCGGUAGCACCCUGACGGGAGGCACAAAGGUCACUGUCACGAAGUAGCACAUGGCAGGGGCUAUACACCCUCCCUACAGACUGGCGGUCAGAUGGGACGCCCGGCCCCCAAACUGAGCUGGGGGGAGCGGAGUCGACAGUGUGGGCCUCGACUCCAGAAGAAAAGCCCGGGGUUUACCUUGUUUGCUGACGGAGAGCGGGAGGUUUCCCUCGUCCAGCCAGAGCUCGGAGCUCUCACAGCAGCCUGGGGAAAGCCGUCCUGUCCCGGAGAGGAAGAACAAAGUAAGGAAUGGCUUAUUUUAAGUAUUUUCCUCCUAUUGUGUGUGAGCCGGCUGAUACUAGUAUGGAGAAGCUUUCGGUCCUGUUGCUGGAAAACUUUUAUUAUUUUUUUUAUGGCAUUGGUGGGAAUGGGGGCCCGGGCAUGGGGGGUGGGGGGCAGUGCGGUUCGUGCAAGGCGUUUCUGUCUGUCUCGACUCAUCAUUUUACAGUGUCGUUCAGAUUCGCCAUUCUCGGCACCAUCAUUUCCUUCCACAAUAAAAAAGGCACCUUCCCGUGUUUGCCACGGUUAACACGGAUCAGAUUUUUACUUUAGGGAAAAUGAGAUCCGGGUGUGUGAUUUCAUUGUGAAUUCGUCAGGAGUUAUUUGCAGAGCUACUGAGGAUGCUGUUGUUCUGAGAAUGCAAUUUUUACUGUUUCUUUAAAAUUUAAUUGGGAUCAGGUCACUGUGUGGUUUCAUCUCAAGGCUUUCUUUUUUCUUUUUCUUUCUUUUUUUUUUUUUUUGCUAUUGCAGGCUGCAGUAAAGUGAUUUGUAAUUUAUAUUUCAAACUUUGGUAUCGUUAAACUAAACUGUAAAGACUGGCUUUGGGGUUUUGCUCAUAAAAUAAAUAUAUAUUUUUUAAGAUUUUAUUUAUUUAUUUGCGAGAGAGAGAAUGAGAGACAGCAUGAGAGGGAGGAGGGUCAGAGGGAGAAGCAGACUCCCUGCCGAGCAGGGAGCCCGAUGCGGGACUCGAUCCCGGGACUCCAGGAUCAUGACCUGAGCCGAAGGCAGUCGCCCAACCAACUGAGCCACCCAGGCGCCCCAAUAUUUGAAAAAAUAUAGCAGUGAGGCUUACAUAGUAGAGGCAAUGUAAGUACAUGUAUAUCUGUGUAUAUGAAUAUAUACGUAUGUAUUUUUGUUCCUGGAGACUCUUAACCCUAGCCCUGAAAAGGCAUUUUACAAAAUUGUGACUUUCUGUAAACAUCCAGGUAUGAGCAUACUCUGGUAAGAAUGUAAGCACAUUUUCUUUAAUGAACUUCUAAUUUGUUUUUUAAAACUCCAGUCAUAAUUCACAUUAACUUAUUCUUUCAGUUAUUUUAUUUUUGCACUGAACAGUCCGCGUAUCCAUGCUAGAAUUCUCUGUAAGCUAUAGUGCUCCUUAGCUAGGAACACUUUUUUGUUUUUUUCUUUCCUCCUAACAAGGAAGCUCAUUUAGAAAGAAAUGUUUAUGUGAAGUGCUUGUCAGUUGGCAUUUUUACUGGUUUGCUAACCCAAAGGUAAAAUAUAAAGCCAUGUCUUUUCCUCGCUGGCUUGUUGUUACUAGAAGGGUCCCUCCCUUGUUAGCUUGAUAAAUAAUUUUACUAGGGGGACUCUGCUGUAUUUUUAUGCUUGCUGUCUAUUUUCUGCUUGCUGCAAAUAAAUUUCUGUACUCAGAGGGCACUAAAACUCCAAACACAUGGUAUUUUCCCAUUUUGCUGCUGGUCGCCUGAAAUAUUUAUUCCAUCUCGUGUUUUUAAUUAAUUUUUUAAAGGAAAAAAUAAGUUGUGGUUAAUAUCAGACAAAAAUUUGUCAUAUAUUUCUCAGCACCGUUGGGUUUGAGCGGGGAAGGAUGGCUUUUUGAAAGGAUUCGUGUCUCACAUUUGUCCAGUUGAAGACAAGAGUUAUUUAUUGGGGGAGUCCUGAAGUUUUCUCGUUAUAGAUUUCCUUGUCUGUCUUUCCAACUUUAAGUAUUAAGCUGUUAAUAUGAGAAAUGAAUAGGGCUAUAGAAUUCUAUCUAGAAACAAGGCACUCCACAAUAAAAUCUUUACCUUUGAAAAACGAUUCAUUGUGUGAAAGUAGAGAUAAAAUUGAUCAUAGGUAUCAAUAUGGAUAUCGGCAUCCACCUGAGUCCCAGACAUUUAGACCUGGGAUUCAUUACGACUGAGUUGAGGUUGGUGUGGAUCACUGGGGGAAAAUGGGUGGUACAUACUUAAAGAUAAAUACCCUAUAGCAUUCCAAUAAAGUAAAAUAAAAUGAAAUAAUUAAUAUAUCCUGUAAUUGCAAACAAUGAACAUAGCACAUACCAGGUGUACAAUGAAAUGUUUCCUGAAGGCAUGACAUGCACAUUGGUAAAACAAGUGAUCAUUUUAAGUGAAUGCCAGAUUAUUACAUGCAUUGAAAUACGAUUUCUUUCAAAGCAGAUAUGCUGCUUGGUAUGUGUGACUUGUUAUUUGCUCAUUAGCAGGGUUUUAUGUUGUGAAAUUGGAAAACAUUUUUAGGAAGGUACCAGAGACAUAAAUUUGAAACCAGAUUGCCAGCGCAUGUCACCAACAUCUCCAGUAUUGGGGACACUGAGUCAGAGGUUAUCUGGAGUCAGUUUCUGCAGAGAUCACCAAAACGAAGAGGAAAAUGUAGAAGAAGGGCCCACAUACGAGUUCUCAACGAUGCACAAAGGUCCAAAGGUCAAGAUUUUGAACACUUAUUUUCUUGGGUUUUGAACGAUAAGAUUUAGUCAAAAUAUUUUCACUAUAGAUAUAUGUGUUGCUUAUUAUAACAUGUAUGUAUCUUAUUAAACAUGUAUAUGGGUUUUAUUUUCAUAUCCCACUUAUCAGGGAUUUCAGAGAUUAGCUAGACUUUAAGAUGAUGGCUUGUUUUUCCCUCUACCUCUGCAGUUUAUAGAGACUAUUGAGAAUCAGACUUUUCUUAUAUUUCAGGGAGAGGUGAGACUCAGCAUUUCCUCUGGUCACUGUAGGGGUAUACCAGUUUGUCAGGAGUUAGAGAAAACUUCCAUGGGGUUGCAGACCAUGAUGUUCCACCCAGCCUUCCUCUUUGGAGGUCAUCCAAAGCCUCACCGGCUUUGAUGACCACAGCUGCCAUUGAUUGUCUCCUGGGAGCCAGGACCUACGCCAUCUUUGAUCGUUACAACAACUAGAGGGGCAGAUAUUUUAAUCCCCUUUAUACAGAUGAGGAAACUCGGGCACAAAGCUAUUAAAAUAUAAUUUGAGUCGACACUGCAGUCAUGCGGAUAUUUAUUUCUAGAUAGAUGCCAUGCUACCCCUGCCCGGGCCAGCUUAUUCCCUCCUUCCCAGUUAAAAAGCCUAGCGAUUAACCUUAGCACAUGUAGCAUGACCUCAGUAGCCUUUUCCUCUUUGGUCCUCUUUUUCUGAGUUGGGUUGAGUGAAACCUAGAAAAAAAAAAAAAUUAUAAUCUGAUUAGUAUCUAGAAGACUGGGACUGGUCCUUCUCAUGAUCUUGACCCCGAGGACCCCCUCCAGCUCUAAAGUCAAACGAUUCUGUGGUUUGAUUUCAGUAGCUAACAGAGCAGCCUUUUCCUCCUCAAAGAUAAAGAUUGUCAUUUCAAGAGCAUUUAAAAAAUAAUAGAUGGUACAUUUCCUUAAUACCCUGUAAUGUGUAAAGUGUCAGGUGUGCAAUUGACACUGAGGAAAUUGCAGGAUAGUGAAGAUAAAUCAGCAUUAAAUCACUCCAUUGAAAGCCUCGUUUAAUAAAAAGUUGUCAGCAAAAUCUGUAGUAACAUGAGGAAGAAUACACAGUUUCUGCAUCUGUAAAAUAGGAUUGUAAGAUAGCAUUGUGCAAAGGAUUAAAUACAAUGAUGUAUGUAGAGCACCUGGCGCAGAGGAAACCCCCCACCACACUCGGCCUUGCUCAGUAUUAUAUGGAAUAAAACUUUGACCUUGACACUUGGCAAACCGUGGUUUGUUUUAACAUAACUUUGCUAUUACGAUAUCACACUUACUCCCCUCUGCUAAGUGUGGUCAAGUUGGAAAAUGGAGAAAAACCUAGAACAGUAGUUUAUGACCAUUACCUGCUUUAUCUGUUCUCCCCUGAAAAAAAUGCCAUCACCCCUUAAAUUUUUUUUUUUUAAAGAUGUGCUUGGGGGAGUUCUGUGGUCAAAUAAUUCAGGGAAUUUAUGGAUUAGGCAAAAUCAAACAUUUAUUUCUGCUAUCAUCCAUCUUAGAGCCUUAUAUGCUCACAUUAUUGUGACCCUCUAUGGGGAAGGAACGGCACAGCUAAACACACUGUAUCCUCCAAACUUACUUGAACAUGGAACCUGUUCCCUAAUGAACCAUCUUAUGGAACUAACAUCACAGGACAGUUUUGAAAAAUGGUGAUUGAAAUACUAAAUUUUAUUUAGGACUCGAGGAUCCCUUUACUCAUUCCCCCCUAUGAAAGUCGUGUUCUGAAAGAUGCGUUUGUAAUUCUGUGUAUUUGUUUUAUUAAUCAGAGCCCUCUCUAACAGCUACAGGGCAUCUGAUCAGCCGGAGAAGAAGCAUGAUUCCAUUGAUGUCUGUGCAGUCGAAAGAAAACCUUAUCACGGGGGUUUACCCCGUAGGUCUUUACAGUAACAGGAGUGACUCUUGGGUGCUCUCACUGCCUUCAUGAGCUCCCUGUGGGGUUUCCGGGCCCGGGUUUGGGAUCCUCUGCUCUGAUUAAAAAACCCAAGAUCACUGUCAAAUCCAGACUUUGACUGGGUUUGUGAUUGGAUGAGCCUUCCAAGGAAAUCAGAGGUCCUGUAAGGAAUAUGUUAAUGUCCUAGAAUCUUGGACAGGGACUCUUUGGACAUAAAAACUCUGCCUUCAAGUUUCUGUUCUUAUAAGGAUAACGGUGUCCAUUAAGGGCACAUAUAUACAAGCUAGGGACUGGAGGGCAGUUCGGGAUGGAGGUUCAUUCCUCCUGUGCCUUCUACCUCCCUUCUCUCUUUUUGUACACCUGCUUCAUUCUUCCUACAGAAAGCAGGCAGGCUUUCUCUCCAGAGAACAUGUGAUUCCCCCUGUCACCUCUGGGUUCCACCCCUAAACUUGGCUUUGAGUUUCUAACAGGGGUGGGUCGGAGACUCUUACAACGCAGUUCUAGGAAAAGAGAGCUGAUUGGCUCACCUUGGUCAGGUUGAUUGAUUGCUCAUCCAAUCAGCAGUGGCUGGUGGGGGGGGGCUCGUCUGCGCCUUCUGAGUAAGAUUUCCCCAAGAAUGGGGUGCGUGCAGCAGGGCUCCGAAGAUGGGCACCUCGCAACACGGGGGAGGAAACUUUUACCCCAGACUUUUGUACACCCCUUUUGGGGAUAGACGUGAGUAGAAUUAGGCCAUGAACAGAUCUCUGAACCCAUUGCCAAGGUUGUUAACCUUGGAUGCGCCUGUGGGAGCUUUUAAAACCAUCGAGGCCCUGCCCCAGACCAUUCACUCUGGAACCUCUAGGGGUUCAGGCAUCAGUAUUUAAGUAACAAUUCCCAGUGAUUCUCAGGCACAGCCAGGAUUUAGAACUCCUAAUAGAAGACUUCAGGGACGCAGAAAGUGAAGAACUAACUGGUGACUUUCCCAUAUUUUAUCGUUCUGUCUCACAGACUCAGCGUUUUUCAGGCCUGGGUUAAACUUAAAAGGGAUGAACAAUCGCUUUGUGCUUUUCCUGCUUCAUCUGUUCUUCCCAGUCCUUCAUUAAUAUCAAGUCUAUGUAACGAAGGGCGUAAGGAAGUCAGAUAAGGCACCUAGGGAAAGCAAAUUGCAGGUGGGGUCCAGAAGCCUCCUUCUUACACCUAACUUAGCCACUAAGCAGCCACACGAUCCGGGCCUGCAUAUUGCCCUGAUUACCCUGUGGAGUCUCAUUCUUCUCUUUUGGGAAAUGGGUCAAAUAAGCCAAAAUCAGAGACCAUCUAUGAGUCUACACAGUCAGCUAAGUGACGAUGUCAUCACAGAUCCAGCACAUACAAUGAGGGGUUGGUACUGAGGAUUUUGAGCUAGCAGAAUGGGUAGUUUUAAAUGUGUGAUGGUAUUCAGAGGGGGAAAAAAAUCUGCAUAUAAAAGAGAAUAAUGUAUUUAGUCAUUGAGUUACAAGGAUAGAUGUAUUCCAAAUGAUUUGCACAAACUUUUACAAAUGCCAAGGAUAUGCUGUAUUAUUUGUUGUCAUUACCACCAGGCACUUACUUAGCUAGUGUAAUUGGGCUUAUAGUAGAAACAGGACCGGAGAAAAUGGUGCUGGCUGGGUUUAACCAAGAUGUUUGAUCACAUGCGGUCAGACCCAUUGAUCCUCCACUAAAGCGUAGCAUUAAACCACACAAAAAUGGCCCGCUCUGAAGGCACUCUUCACUCUACUUUGUGAGACAGUUACCUUUUAAAUUUCUCAUCUCCUCUUGGAUUCUAAGCUCUGUGAGCAUGGAGUCUGAGCCUCAUUUAUUUUUGUGCCCAGCCCAGCCCUGCGUCGGUGAACAGCACACAGCAUCUGUGCCUCGGGUCCUUUCCGGAAAGUGGCAGAACACACUCAAAUAAACAGGAGCACAGACGAGCAAGCAAACAAAUGAGUAAUAAGAGCCUCAUAAACGUUUCUUAAGCGACAAAGAUGCCAUCUUCGCAAUCUGUCAAAAAUUCUUAGAGGUUGUUCUCUUAAUCCUCUCCCUGCUUUUCAAAAGACCCAUAUCCUGACAUUUCCUUGACACUUUUGUGGGCUAAGUUUCUUUUCCUGGACAGCUUGUUAAAUAUAGUCUGCACCAGCCAGACCUAUUUCUUAAUGUCCUUUUUUGGAGAGCUAUUGGAAAAUAAACCCCUUUUCCCUGGCUGGUUUGGCAUCUGAGUUAUUAGGCUUUAUUUUAGGAUUUAACUCAAUGAACACUUCCUGUGCACUAUCUAUAUACAAGAGUAUGGAGUCCGUGCUGGAGGAUUGAGAAACCAAUAGGACACAGUUCUUGCUCUCAAGAUUCAUUAUUGAUGCAUCAGACAAUUAAAAUAAAUAAAUACUUGUCCUGCUUGAUAAAUGCUUUCCAGAAGACGUGGGGUUCGUGAGUGAGCAGGAAGAGGGUUGUCAUUUUCUGAACACCCAUGCAGAAGCAAAAGGAAACGAUGAUGUUUUUAACUUGACAUGGGGAAGGUCUUCCUUAGCCUGACCUAAAACCCACAUGCUGUACAGCAAAGGGUUGAUAAAUUUGACUACAUAAGCAUUUAAACCCUACACAUAGCAAAAACACCAUUAACAAAAUCAAAAGACAAGCAGCAAAGUGGGAAAAACUACAACCCACCAGAUAGUCAAAGACCUAAUUUCUUUGGUGUGAAGAGCUCUUAUAAAUCCACCAGAAAGAAGACCAACAACCUGACAGAAAACUGGGCAAAUAAGAAUGGACAGCUUUUAGAAGUAAACACAAAUGACCAAUAAUCUUAGGGAACAGUGUCCACCCCCACUCCUAACAAAAUCGUAGCAGCGAGAAUAUCGCAUUUCGGCUGAAGUGAGGGGUGAUGGGCAGCCUCACCCACUCUUGUGAGCCUGUGAACUAGACAGCCUUUUAGCUGGCUUUUAUAAUAUCUUGUAGCACAGAAUAUUCACAGGCAAAAUGCCAGUUUCUACACAUUUCCUGUUUGGGGAUCUUAAUUCACUACAGCAGUGUUGCUAUUGCUGGAAAAAACCGUGUGUUUAUGGGUGUGAGCUGGGGAGGAAGGAUUGCCCCAGACAGGGACCAGUGGGUAAACUGGGGUCCGAUGGAGAAGAAACUGGAAGGCCAAGCCAAAGAGGGCAUGCAAACAGAAGUAGAAAACACAGGGGAAUGAAUUGGGGUGGUGGGUGCCCUGGCCGUUUGCACGUUUCCCUUCCCCGAAGCCACUCAGUCCAGCCUUCAUUUCCACCAGCCUGAACCCAUCCAGGUAUAGCCCCUCCCCCUUGGUCAAUCUGCAUGUGCUCCCCACUCCCUACCGGAUAAAAGGCUCAUUUGUGUUAAUUGAAUUAAGGCCGGUAUUGUUCACUGAGCUGUAGCAGAGUCCCUCUGUGCUGGCCCUUUUCCGUAUCAUCUGCAUUGUCACAGCCAAAGGUGUUGUGGGGGGGGAGGGAGGGGCAUUUUUCAAAGAACUACAUGGGGAUUUGGUCACAUGUCUGCCAUUAACAUCAAUCGCCAGCGCAGGGCAGAAAUUCCUGGCAUGUUCCUACACACACCUCUUUGAAAAAUCGUCCCCUCUGGUGUUGCUACCAGGCUCCCCUCCACUGAUACAGGAUUUGGGGGCUUUGAAGUCGGUUGUGGAAAUUUCACUGCCUUCUUUGACUCCAGCAAAUUGCUCCAAAAUGCUACAAAUGUAAAAAAGACUAAGGGAGCUUUAGCAGCAGCUUAGAGGUGGAAUCCCCUUAAGCCAUUGACAGAAAAACGCGUUUCUUCUUUCGGUUUUUAAUUUGUGAGUUAUAUGUUAAAAUACAGCAGUGUAGUUCCAGGCUUCUCUCAGGAAGUCGGGUUUGGGGCGGUGAGGAAAGGGGUAGGUGGUAGCUCUAGUUCUUUGAACUGGUUGCAUUUAGGGGCUUGCCUUGACUCGGAGUCAAAGCUGCCUGCGGAGAAAUGGUGUAAGACAGAUUGUGCCCAAUGGGCUUGAAAAGCAUUUGCAACACGGGGUCGGGCGUUACCAAGGUGAACCUGGAUUUGACUGGGUGUUGGGGCAUGUUGGAUGCCAAGCCCAGAAAUCCUGCAGACUCACGCUGCGUGAGUGCUGGAAUGGGUAGGACGGGGAGAUUCAAACCCACUGCUUCGUUCCGGGGCCAGGGUUACUGAUGUGUUCACAAUCUUGCCUUAGGAGUGCCCCGUUUUGGGGGGAGAUCAUUGGGCUUGGGUGCAUUUUCUGAAAAUCUCCCUGUAGUUAUUUUAUUCCCACAGUGCGUUCGCCCUGUAACAGGUGCGUCAGGGAAGGACCGCUCGAGGCUCUCCAGGCUUCUGUGCCCCCUCCGCAAAUACAAGGAUUUGGCAGGAAUCACAGGUUUUCAAACUCGUUUUGUUUCAACAGGGGAACUGUUUGUAACAUGAAGGUUUAUGUGGGGUCACUGUAUAAAAAGGAAGCCACAGAGGGUGGAGUUGGCCCUCCAAAUUGUUGCCUUUUGUCCCCCACCCCCCAGAUUCCAGGAUCUCUGCAGCCUUCUUUGAAUAUCUUUUAGAAAUCAUUCUCAAGGGAGUGAGAGCUCAGACAGUCUUUGAUGUAGCAAAGGCCCACUUUCCCUCACUACAAACACGGAGCGAUCCCUCACCGUGCAGCAGGAUGCACCCGCAUCAGUGUCAGGCCUUUCCAGCUUUGUGACUUUGGGGAAGGCACUUCCCUUCUAUAGACGGGAUGACGGAACCAGCCUCGUGGAAUUCUCAGUACAGGUGAAAUCAAUAAGCUGAGGCAGCUGACAUGAGCAGUCACAACCGUGUCUUUUUUGGCUCGAAAAUGUUGAUCUUUUUUUUUCUCAGGAUUCAAGGGAAUCCCAGUUUAGUUGGCACAAUGGAUGGUUCCCUUCUGUAUAUCUGCCUCUUCCCUGUUUCUCUGCCCGUCACUUGUCACUGAGAAAUGCGGUCUUUCCCCGGAAACCCCACUAGACUGUGAUCCAGGAUCCGUACCUUUCACGCCUUGUGCUCAGCACUUAGCACAGGGCCCGUCACUGAACAGAUUCCCAGGAGAUGUUUGCUGGGUGGUCGACUGGCGGCGUGCUGGAGCCCACUUCUGUGGGCAGGCAAGGGCCCGUUGGGUGCAUCUCUUCCCAAUUCCGUAUUUAGGCCCUGGGAGCAUGAAAUCGGCCAUGAAUAUUUGCAGCAUGGAAUGCAAAUGCAGCUCAGAGCCCCUUUCCCUGCUCCCCUCCACCAGAGAGCUGGCUGUUAAACAUCUAGCAGCACGCCACUCUUUGAGCUGCCCAGAUUUAAAAAAAAAAAAAGAAAUUGAGCAGAGCAGAAGCACCUGUAUCAGAAACAUCAUCUCCAGUGUGGCUACUUUGACAGUGAGCACAAGGGAAUCUGUGAAGGGAAGAGUGUUGUAGGCUGGAGGCAUCAGAGAAGGAUCUUGGGCGACAGAGAGGAUGUGGGUGUCUAGGAAGAAGUGAUAGGAUGUCCAGGCUCUGAGGACAGGAUGGGAAAGGACGCGAGCGGGUGAAUAAGGGAAUGUUUCUCGCCUUGCCCAGGACAAUGAUGGGAGGCGAUGGCGGGACGGGGGGGAUUCGAUUAGGCGGACCUAGAAGGAUGUUUAGGUAUUGCUAAAGAGAAACUUGAAUUUCACCGCCGCCGGCAGCAAUCGCUGUACCUUGUAGAUACAUCCGCUUUAAUGCAAAGCGCUCACCUGCCAAAUGUACUGGCCUCCUUGAGCUGAUGCACAGUCCCACUAAACAGCUUCCAGAAAGUUUAGAAAUUUGGGUAAAUCGAUGGGAGAGGAAUCCAAAAAAGGAACAACGUGAGGAGCCGGGCUGUGUGAGGCUGUGGUUUGAGGCUGAGAGCAGAGGGAACCGCUAUACUGUCCUCGCUAUUCCUGUCCAAGAUUCGGGCUGACGGGUCAUGGGACCAACCUCAUUGGUUUUUAAUUUUAGCGCGUUGGACGUUGACCAGUGCCUCCCUGAGAACCUGGGUCAGCUCCCUCGAGGUCGGUGGUUCUCAAUGUCAGCUAGCCCUGAGAAUCACCUGGCAAGCUUUCAAAAUCCCAGUGCCUCAGCCCCAGCCCAGCUCAAUGAAAUCAGAAUCCCAAGGUGGGAUCAGUAUUUUUCUUGGAAGGGCCCCAGGUGACUGUAGUGUGCAGCCAAGGCUGAGAGACACUGCUGUAAGGCAUUGACUUUCGACUUGGGUGAGCGUCCGGCCCCUCGAAGGACACCUUGCACCUCUGAUUGCUAGCCCCCAUCCCUGGAAUUUCAGAUUUCAGCAAUCUGGGCAUGGCCCAGAAUUUCUAUUUCUAACCUGUUCUCAGGUUCUGGAAUGGGGCACAUUUAAAAACUACUGCUUCCAGGUAUCGGAAGCAGCAUUUGGAAAACUAUCCAGUGGAGGAGGCGGGUAGGCUGGGGUCCCCGGCCCAGCUCUGCAGUUCUCAUCUGCAUGACCCCACGCAUGUGUUGGAAGCAUGCGUCUGAACCCGGGAUGAUAUUGCUCCCCACGGGACAGGCUGCAACAUCUGGAAACCAUUUGGGGUGUCAUGACUCAGGGACUGGGUGCUCCUGGCCUCUAGUGGGAGGAGAGCAGGGAUGCCCUCAGUGUGUAGGACAGACCACGCUGGGAUGGAGAAACCCUGCUUUAAAGCUUCGGAGCUUUUUUUGACUUCAUACAUGAAGUGGGAAUAGUCGUACUUGUUUUUCUAGAUUGCUGCUAAGAAUAAAUGACAUCCUACAGAUAAAGCACUGUAGGCAGGAAGCGCUCAGUAAAGGGGAGUACAAUCCACCCUUGAACUACAGGGGUUUGAACUGCGCAGAUCCACUACCUGCAGGAUUAUCUCAAUAAAUAUAUGGACUGCACCGCCAAUGUAUUUUCUCUUCCUGAUGAUUUUAAUAACAUUUCCCUUUCUCCAGCUUACUUUAUUGUAAAAAUACAAGAUGUAAUACAAAUAUCAUACAAAAUACAUAUGAACUGACCGUGUUAUCAGUAAGACUCCUGAUCAACCCAGUAGGCUCAUAGUAGGUAAGCUUUUGGGGGGUGAGAAGCUAUGUGUGGAUUUUUGAUGGCACCGGGGUGGGAACCCUUAAUCCCUGUGUUGUUGACAGUCAAAUUUUGUAGUUCUUACCCAGCUGGACCACUCAGUGAUGUAAACUUGUUGGAGGGACUUGACCUCCAUGGACCUGUCUUCUCAUCUGUAAAAUGGGCACAGGAAUAGGACCAAACCCUGAAGGAUAGUUGCAAAGAUUAAAGAAGGUAAUCUAUGUGAAGUCCUCAGAAGCACUCAACAAACAUCCAUGAUUAUGGUUUCCCAUGAUAUCUUUGCACAGACCUUGAUUGUCUCCCUUGAAGAGUCUAAGAUGCUGCCUUACGGCUUCUCACUUAGCAGGCCUGUGAUAUAGGUGGAAGAUUGGCUAAUUUCUGGUUUUCAGGUUGCAAGGGCUCAGGAAGAGCAGCAGGGAUAGGGCAUCCUCUUAGCAUUCUAGGCCAGACCCGAGACUCCAGAGCCGGAUGCUGCUUCCAGAGCGCCCAGCUGCAUGCGGCUGCUCAGGUUUGCUUACCUGUUCCCAGCUUCAGUACAGGUCUGUUUUGGUGAGAGUUUGGUGAUGUGAAAUUUUUAGAAGACAAAACAUCCCCGGGACCCAUAUUCCAUAGGUAGAUAGACCUCAAGGCACCAAGUGACAGAGGGUGCAUCCCCACCCAACCCUCCCCACUUUCCAGAAGGAGCAGGAAUUUGAACCCAAGUCUCUUUGACUCCAGUGCCUGCACCAGCCUGUGGCUCAUGAUGUGAGUUAUAACAGGAAGAAUACCUCAGGGGUGCCCAGGGGCCAUCCAGAGACACCCCAGUCCAACCAAACCUCCUGUAUAGAGAGUUUCUGCUCCGAUCUGAACCACAGCCUCAGAGGUAAACGUCCUUUCUCUAAUCUGCACACAAAAUGGAUUUUAGCAAGUGGAUUUUACUGAGGAACAGACUUCUACUUCCCCCACCCCCAGCACUCGAAAACAUAUUGUCUUCUUUACUGUAGUUCAUUUUGCUUUCCGAGGUGAUUAAUGAAUUAAAGAUGCAGUGUAUUUAUUUUUUUGCCUGAUUACCAUUCUGUAAUAAAUCUAAGCUCUGGAGUCUGUCGAUACAGGAAGGCCAAACU